AAGACGGGUGAGCGCGUGGCCACUUGGACACCUCAAGUGGCGCCCUUGCUCCCCCCCUCCUCCGCACCGCCCGAUUCUGUCGCCGAGGGCUGGCAGAAGCAGGCGUCGCAGCUGCAGACCUUCAAGAACGCAACCGCUGGCAGCGUCGCCACCAGAUCCGCCGCGCCACAGAACGCCACGCAGGCCAGCGGAACGGUGAUGAACGUGAAGUCCAGGCAGCUGAUGGAGGUCACUGUAGGAGGCUUCCCCUCGGCGCCGGAGGCCUGCGACUACUGCUUCGGCUCCUUCACGAAGACGGGCGUCCCGCCCGCGGGGCCCGUGGCCCCCGCGUGCGUGUGCAUGUCCUACCCCGACGGCGCCGAGCACAACAUGUUCUGCGCGACGCCCGUGUCGGCCGCCGCGUACGUGAAGGAGAAGGGCGGCUGCCUCUGCCAGGCUCGCGACAUGGAGAGCAUGGGGCAGGAGCGCGCCGUUUCCGCUCUCGGUGGCGCCGUCCUGCUUGCCGUUGCCUCCGCCCCUGGUCCUGUCCCGCUGGUCGGGUCGUGCGGGCAGCGCGCGUUCGACGGAGCGGCCUUCGAGAAUAUCAAUGUCAAGGGCGCCCUGUCCACGUCUUGCCAGGCCAGGCUGGGGGCGCUCGGCGCGCUGCUGCUGCUGAGGCACUGGGCGCCGCCGGGCGCGGAGCUCUUCAGGCAGGGGGCCGCCGAGCUACGCGGUGGCGCAGCGGGCGGCGUCGACGCAGAGCAGCUCACGGCCAAGCUCGCCGCGAUUCCAACCGAGCGCGUCUCCCUGGACGACUCCCGCAAGGGCCUCCAACCCGUCGUCAGCGAGCUGAGGCAGCGCGCCAGCGCGCCGGAGCAGCUGGCCAAGUUCGAUGUCUUCACGGGCUGGGCUGACCGUGGUGGCCUGUUGGGCGCUCGCGGGCGCGGCGACGCCGAGCGCGAGCACGCUGCCGACGCCCUCGGGGCCUCGCGCGCAGCUAGCGACGCGGUUGCCAACGAGGUGACCGCUAAGCUGGCGCAUCAGGGGCGGCGCGCGCAAGCGCGCCCUGCUGUUGAAGCGGGGCCCGGCGCCCACGGCCACGGCGGCCCAGUCCAGCUGGCGCCUCGCGAGCGUCGGCUCGGAGCAUUCGGGGCCAAGGGCGGGUUCGAUUCCCCCCCCGGGCGCGCCAGCGAUGCCCGCUUCGCGGGGGUCGUGCCGGGCGGGGUAACUCGGUUCAACGAGUGCCUGAGAGUCAGCGAGGGCCUCUCAGAUUUCAAUCGCAAGGUGCUGCAGGCUGAGGCGAAGGUGCCGCACGGCGGGGACCUCGCCCCUCGCUGCCCAGUCGAGCUGAACAUUGGCGCGCUGGUCUGCGAGUCGAUGUCGACGCGGCGGGCGACGCAGGCGACGGGGUGGGCUCCAGGAACUUUCGAGGUGCUGGCCGUCGCGGCGCCGACCCUCGACAUCGCCGCCCUCCACGGCGCCGGCUUCUUUUCGAACGGCCUGGCAGAUCUGGUAGUCCACCAGCUGAUCAUUUUCCGCGUCCGCAAGGCGAGGAAGGCUGGUCUCCUGAGCGGGCGCCUGCGCGUGAGGCCCGUCUUUCUCAAAGCCCCUCGCGCGUCGGCGUCUGGCGAGCCUGCGGCGGGCAGCGUGUCGAAGGGCGGCCGUCUGCCAGCCGCCAGCGCCAGGCGGGCGGGGCGCCCAGCCAUGGCCGCCGCGGCCCCAGAGGAGCCCGCGUGGCUGGCGUGCUACCGCGCCAGGCGGCCGGCGUCCCAGUCCCGCGUCGCUUGGGAGGUGCCUGGCCAGAGCCCCCUCGCCAAGCGGCCCAGCGCCUCCCGACUCGCCUCGGUGAGGGGGCGCCCCGCCGGCAAGCAGGAGGUGGCCGCUGCCUGGCUGCAGGGCCUCAGCGCAGAGGCGCGGCUGCGGGCCGCCGACGACCCGCCGACCGCGCGCGCCAACCUGCGCCGGGCCAUCACGGACUCCAGCUGCCCCGAGGUGCGCGCGGACGCGGCCGGCGGCUGGAGGUACACGGGCGCCGUGCUGCGGGCCGCCGACGCGGCCCUGGGCAUCGCCCCGCCCCGGGCGCAGCCCGCCUUCCGGGCAGCGGGCGCCGGCCCCGCGGCCUCCGGCGACGGCGCACCGCUGCAGACGCGGAAGGUGCUCGCCGGCAGUGGCCCCGGCUCCCUGGAGCUGUGGUGGAGCGACUUCGAGGCCGCGGCGCGCGCCGACCUGCUCGCCGCGCAGGGCAUCACGCACCGCCUGAACGUGGCGGCGGAGGUGGAGAAAAGCUUCAGAGGUCACGAAGCGACCAUGGUGACGGCGACCGUCCCGAUGGUCGACGCCUUCGACGAUGCGGACGCCGAGGAUAACAUUAGGGUCUGGGUGGCGCAGCUCGGGCAGGUCAUGGAGGUGCUGCGGGGCUGGUCCAGAGAGGGCGCCGUCGUGAACGUCAACUGUCAGAUGGGCAAGAACCGCAGCGGAGCCGCGCUCCUGAUAUGGCUCUGCCAGGCAUGCGGCUGGGGUCUGGUGAGGGCGGUGGAGCACUUGCGCGGCAUCACCUCGCUGGCCUGCGGAAAUCCGCACAUGAUGAAGGCGGUCUGCAUUUUCCUCGGCUCCAGCGAGAGCGUGCCCUUGAACCCAGCCGGAGACGGCGGCGGCUGGAUCUGCGUGUCUCCUCCGGGCACGCCGAGAGCUGGUGCCGUCCAGGCCUUCGAGGACGUCGCCAGGCUGGCCAUCGAUCGGCUCGCGGCUGCGGCGGAGGGCGCGGCGGAGGGCGCGGCGGAGGACGGCGACGACGGCGACGAGGGGCCGUGCGAGGGCCUGGCCCCGCUGUUCGGCGAGCUGUCUGGCGCGGAAGACUGA